UCUGGGCUGGGGGCCUGAGGGGAGGGUGCUGGGGGCACUCAGACCCAGGUGGGGGGCCCAGGACGCAGACCGGCUGCCCCUGCCCAGGUUCUGCCCUCACAGGAGGCCGAGCGCCCACAACCCGGCGGGGCCUAGCCCCUGGCCCUGGCUGUGCGGCCUAGGGCAGGACUGUGGCUACAGAACGCUUCCAGACCCCCGACCUCUGCCCUGAGCUGACCCUGGCCUCUCAGGCAGCCCUUCUGGGCAAGCUUCCGCCCCCCCCGAGCUGGCCAGGCUGGGCAGGGGCAGGGGCUCUGGCCUGAGAAGUUUGGGCCCUCCUGCGCGCCGUAGCCGGGCACCUUCCUGGCCGGGCAGGGCCAGGAGGCCUGGGGGCUCGGGCCUGGGCUGGACUGGGCUGGGCUGGGCUGGGCUGGGCUGGGCUGGGCUGGGCUGGGCUGGGCGAGGGGCAGUCCUGCUCCAAGCCAGCUUCCCAGGGAUGUGCUGGGGUGGAGGGCGGAGCGGGGCCUGGGCCCGGGUGGCCUGGCAGGCAGAGCAGGGUAAGCCCUGUGGGCACAGGCCUCCAGAACUGGGAAGCCUGGGCGCAGGCUGGACAGGUGCUCCAUUGAGGCUGGAGGGGGCCCAGCGGCACUGGGCGUGAGGGGCGAAGGCCCCGGCUGCCCUCUUGUUUCCCGGGCAGCUCUGCGGACAUGGAUGUGUUCCAGAAGGUAGAGAAGAUCGGAGAGGGCACCUAUGGGGUGGUGUAUAAGGCCAAGAACAAGGAGACAGGGCAGCUCGUGGCCCUGAAGAAGAUCAGGCUGGAUUUGGAGACCGAGGGGGUCCCAAGCACCGCCAUCAGGGAGAUCUCCCUGCUCAAAGAGCUCAAGCACCCCAACAUCGUCAGGCUGCUGGACGUGGUGCACAGCGAGAAGAAGCUUUACCUGGUGUUCGAGUUCCUCAGCCAGGACCUGAAGAAGUACAUGGACUCCACCCCGGCCUCCGAGCUCCCCACGCACUUGGUGAAGCUGCUGCAGGGGGUGAAUUUCUGCCACUCUCAUCGGGUCAUCCACCGAGACCUGAAGCCCCAGAAUCUACUCAUUAAUGAGUUGGGUGCCAUCAAGCUGGCUGACUUUGGACUGGCUCGAGCCUUCGGGGUGCCCCUACGCACCUACACCCACGAGGUGGUGACACUCUGGUAUCGAGCCCCCGAGAUUCUGUUGGGCAGCAAGUUCUAUUCAACGGCUGUGGAUGUCUGGAGCAUUGGCUGCAUCUUUGCAGAGAUGGUGACUCGCAGAGCCCUGUUUCCUGGUGACUCUGAGAUUGACCAGCUCUUUCGUAUCUUUCGGACCCUGGGGACACCCACUGAAGCCACCUGGCCAGGAGUCACCCAGCUGCCUGACUAUAAGGGCAGCUUCCCCAAGUGGACCAGGAAGAGGCUGGAGGAGAUUGUACCCAAUCUGCAGCCAGAGGGCCAGGACCUGCUCAUGCAACUGCUGCAGUAUGACCCCAGCCGGCGGAUCUCAGCCAAGGCCGCCCUCGCGCAGCCGUACUUCUCGUCCACCGAGACCUCCCCGGCCCCCCGCCAGUGUGUGCUGGAGCGUUUUUGCCGCUGAGAACGUUUGAGGCCCCCGCCUCAAAGCCUCUCCCCAGCUGCUGCCCCAGCUGCCUCCCCACCCACUUCCCAAGAAAGCACUUAUCUGGGGAGAGAGCAAAACGCUAAGGAAUUUGGCCUCAGCCAUCAGAGGGCUGAGUUUGGGUUAGUCCUGCCAGCAGGUUAGCGAGUUCCUAUGUUGUUUAUUGGGUUAGAUGGAGCCGUUUCAAGCUGAGGGCACAGAAGCUCUGUUCAUGGCAGGGUAUGUUAGAGACUGGGCCCCCUGGCCCUGGAACAGCAGGUGCCAAGGAGAGCAAGGAGCCUGUCCUGGCUGCCUCCUGGUGCCCUUCACCUGCCGGGCCCUCGACUGCGUGGCCAGAACCUGAAGGAAAGGGUGCCCCCUGCCGGUCUUUUUGGAUUUAAAAUGUUUGGGGAAGAGUUGUGUUCCAGUUGAGUCCCAAGUUAAACAGGAAGCAGGGAGAGGGAGAGAAAGGACAUUUUCCUGAUCCCAGGGGAGGUCAAGGUCUGUGUGGCUGUUCUAAGUUGUCUCGUCACCUAGGAUUUGCUUAAUGUUUGUUUGCCUCUGGCUUUGAAAACAGGAAAUAAAAAUGACAAAUUCCUGAGA